GAAUAACAGAAUCAUUAGAUGCCGUUGUAAAUGUAACAACGAACGCCAUUUGAUUCUUAAUAAAAUAUUCAAAUAUACUGUAACAACACUACAAUGACUCGGCUUUGCACUUUGCUAUCGGUAAUUUUGUUCAGCGUGUAUCAAACAGAACAGGCAUAUUUUUUGGAGAAAGAUUACAUCGAUCAGAUCAAUUCACAAGCAACGACUUGGAAGGCGGGCCAUAAUUUUGAUCCUAAAACAACGAAAGAGACAAUUUUACAACUUUUGGGAUCCAAAGGGGUAGAGUUAGCCAAAAAAACCAAAUUAAGCGAAUUUAAAACACACGACGAGGCUUACGAUAACUUAUGUCAUAGAAUACCAUCUAAGUUCGAUGCUAGGAAAAAAUGGAAACAUUGUCGUACAAUUGGAAAGGUUCGCGAUCAAGGAAAUUGCGGAUCAUGCUGGGCAUUAAGUUCAAGUUCAGCAUUUGCUGACCGUUUAUGUAUAGCCACGGAGGGAGAGUUCAAUGAAUUAUUGUCAGCAGAGGAACUAACAUUUUGUUGCCAUAGGUGCGGGUUUGGAUGUCACGGAGGCUACCCAAUAAAAGCUUGGGAAUAUUUUAGAAGACAUGGUUUGGUUACCGGAGGAGAUUAUCAAUCGGAUGAG